UUGUAGCAUCGGAAUGGACCAGUACAGUAUUUUGGGCCGGAUUGGGGAAGGAGCUCACGGGAUUGUUUUUAAAGCCAAACAUAUCGAGACAGGAGAGACGGUGGCUUUGAAAAAAGUGGCUCUGCGAAGACUUGAAGAUGGCAUCCCGAACCAGGCGUUAAGAGAAAUUAAAGCCCUGCAAGAGAUUGAGGACAACCAAUAUGUGGUAAAGCUGAAAGAUGUCUUCCCUCAUGGCACAGGCUUUGUGCUUGUGUUCGAGUACAUGUUAUCAGAUCUGUCAGAAGUCAUAAGGAAUUCCCAGCGUCCUCUCACCGCGUCCCAGGUCAAAAGUUAUAUGAUGAUGCUGCUGAAAGGAGUGGCUUUCUGCCACGAGAACUCCAUCAUGCACAGGGAUCUGAAGCCUGCAAACCUUCUGAUCAGCUCGACUGGUCAUCUGAAAAUCGCUGACUUUGGUCUGGCUAGGCUUUUUUCCAACGAAGGAGAUCGUCUUUACAGUCACCAAGUGGCCACCAGAUGGUACAGAGCACCAGAACUUUUAUACGGUGCCCGAAAAUAUGAUGAAGGAGUUGAUCUCUGGGCUGUGGGCUGCAUUUUCGGAGAGCUUUUGAAUAACUCUCCACUUUUCCCUGGGGAGAAUGACAUUGAACAGUUGUGCUGUGUGCUCCGAGUGCUGGGAACUCCUAACCAGAAAGUCUGGCCAGAGAUAACCGAACUGCCAGACUACAACAAGAUCACAUUUAAAGAAAACCCACCCAUUCCUUUAGAGGAGAUCGUACCUGACACGUCACCACAAGCUGUAGACCUGCUGAAGAAGUUUUUGGUCUAUCCAUCAAAACAGAGGAUCAGUGCUAGACAGGCUUUACUCCAUCCUUAUUUCUUCACGGAUCCGCUCCCGGCUCAUCAUUCAGAGCUGCCCAUUCCUCAGCGUGGAGGAAAACACUCCAGACAGCGCAUGCAGCCGCCUCAUGAGUUCACCGUCGAUCGGCCUUUACACGAGAGUGUGGUAGACCCAAGUCUCAUCCAGAAGCACGCCAGGAGCUGUUCGUGACACCCACAUGAGCAGAAAUGUCAGGGUUUGUAUUUCGUUUCACAGCAGAAAGCGGCACAUUUACAGUCAUACAUGAUCGUUUCAUUUUUAAAGGAUUAAGGGACAAAAUGCUAAAAAUAUUACAAGUUAUUUAAAUUUGAGUCCGCAUGAACUGGAAGCUGCAACCAUUUUCUUUUGGUAUUGUGAUGCAGCUCUUUUAGAAACAGAAUAUCAAAUGUUAAAACAGUGGGCGUGGCUUGUUUUUUCUACUGUGAGCUGAUUGGAUGUAGUUAAGUAGGCAUUUCAUUCAGAAAGAUCAGGAAAAGGUUUGGGGAGAAUUAUUAUUACCUCUUGUUAUUAACAGACACCUCCUGCUUCACCAUUUCUGUUUGUUGUCAAAACUGAUAGUAGGAGGGGCGUGGUUAAGUAUGUUAGCCACGCCCAAUACCUCAGACAAACGUGAUCUGAGAAUUUGACUCAGAAUUUACCACAUCAAUUUACAAGGGCAAACCAUUUUUUUCUAAAUGACAUGCAAAGAUUAAUUGUUCACCACAAAACUAGCAAUGUGAGCUAAUAAAAUCAUAUAGUUAGUUUUGAAUUCAUUUGUACUUUUAAGAAUUUGUUAAAUGCUUGAUUCUUAUUGGCUCAUGAAUAUUAUAGUUUCCAUACUAGAUUAGUAUGGAUUACAUUAUCAAGUUAUUUCGCAGCCUACAAGUCAAAAAUCAAUUCAAAACCAACAGCUUUGGAUUAUACAUGCAAAAGUGGUUUUAAGACAAAAAAAAAUGUACAAAUAUUGAAAUAAAAAACACUUAUUAACAAUGUCUUUAGGUGUGUUAACUAAUAUAAGUGCAAUAUUUGACUUUGGUUUAUUUAAUAACUGGAGAAUAAUCCAGAUUUAAGGUUGAAUUGUGUAACGUUGGUUUGUUCUGUAGACAAUCGAAAAAAUAUUGCUAAAGGGGGCUAAUAAUAUUGACCUUAAAAUGGUUUUAAAAAAUGUAAACUGCUUUUAUUCUAGCCGAAAUAAAACAAAUUAGACUUUCUCCAGAAGAAAAAAUAUUAUAGGAAAUACUGUGAAAAAUUCCUUGCUCUGUUAGAUAUCAUUUGUGAAAUAUAAGAAUAAGAACGAAAGGAGGGCGAAUCAAUUUGACUUCAACUGUAUAUUGAUUAUACAAUGUUUAAGUUGUGCUUUUUAUGAAGGCUUUUUUCUGUCUAGCUUUACUGUCUUGUGAUAUGAGAAGCUUCAUAAAACAUUUCUAUUUAAAUAAAGUAAAAUGGGAUGAAAGUAAAAUUUCUAGCAUAAAAAGCUAUGAUUUAGAUAAUAACAACACAUACUAGUUUUAGAAAUACCAUAGUAUUAUGAAUACGGCCAGACAGAAUCUGCUGACAUUUUUUGCUAUUUCUGUGGAGAAUUUUGUACAACAUCUGAGGAUUUAUGCAGAAUAAUUUUAGUAUCAUAACUAAAAACUUAAUAUAUGAAAUAAAAAGAAUACAUGGUAACUUUUAUUUAAUGUUUACAAUGCAAAUCCAAUUAGAUCCACUUCAUAGGUAAACAAAGCAAGUCUCUUAUAUAAUAUAUCUACUAAAAGACAGAAAAUACUACUAUAAAAACUGUAUUGUAAACAAAUCAAAUAAACAUUUUAAUAUUACUAUUUUUACAUCACAAUAAUAUUAGUGAAAUUAAUUAAAAAACUGAAUAAAUUUAAAUUUACACACAUUUACACAAGUAAAAAAGAGACUCAAUGAUGGGCUGAAAAUCUGCGCAGAUUCCGUGUGGGCCUAACCACGACUUAUUUUGUUAUGAUGUUGAAUAAAAUCAAUAUGACUUACCUAACAAUUCCAGAAUUUCUUGAAAAAACAUUCAUGAUUUAUCACAAUGCUCUGUUAUAAAGGAAUAGGAUAUAUCAUGUUUUAUUUUUGGUGAAUAUACCUUGUGAAUUCCAAAUGCCAUGUCCAGCUUAGCUUUUCAGUACUAUUUAUAUAUUUAUUUAAAUUUUGUGAAAUAUUAUUGUGAGUUAUGAGAUGUGACGUGACUAGUUUUACUUUUUAUUUUUAUUUUUAUUUUUCUGUUCAAAUUUGAUAAAAUAUUCCAGGUUUAAUUUGUACGCCUACACAGGCUAAUUUGACUUGAUAGCAUCUCACGCUGUUUUACUUACUCCACUUCAGUGGAACUGUAAAAUGAGAAUGGAAAACAUUACUCAACAACCAUAUCACCUAACACCAGUAACUGAAUUUCAGUGAUCUGGGUAUUAUUCAGUUAAACACAUCUGUAAUAGAUAGAAACUUGUGUACAAGUGUGGUCAUGCAGCUUUAUUAAGAGUUUCAUGCAAACAACUAACCGCCAAUAAAUAGUACACUGCCGUUUAAAAGUUUGGAGUACAUAUGAUUUUUGUAAGUGAAACUGUUGAGCAGGCAUGUGUUCAAUUUAUAACGUUACUUAUUUUAGGAGUUCUGAGGAGUUAUUUCCUGUAACAUUUCAGGAGGAGUUCUGUUUCAAAUAAA